CAGCCAUUCAGCGGCGGUGGCCGAAGCGAUUGGGUUGCGUGAGUCUUUCGCAGUGCUUUCUGUGGAAUUUGAAUUAUUUUUCCUCGGAGGGGGCCGACGCACGCGCCGUCGCAGCGGGGAGGGGGCGGAUUUCGUGACGGCGUACCGACUGGCUCGGCCUGGUGGUCACAGGGAGCUCCGCAAUGAACAAGCUACGGCAGAGCUUCCGGCGGAAGAAGGACAUCUACGUGCCGGAGUCUAGCCGGCCGCACCAGUGGCAGACUGAUGAGGAGGCGGUCCGAAGCGGGAAAUGCAGCUUUGCGGUCAAGUACUUGGGACACGUGGAGGUGGAAGAGUCGCGAGGCAUGCACAUCUGCGAGGACGCGGUCAAGCGGCUGAAGACGGACAGGAAAUUCUUCAAAGGAUUCUUUUCCAAAGCUGGGAAGAAGGCAAUACGCGCCGUGCUGUGGGUGUCGGCGGACGGUCUCCGCGUGGUCGACGACAAAACAAAGGACCUGAUCCUCGACCAGACGAUUGAAAAGGUAUCAUUCUGCGCGCCGGACCGCAACUUUGAGAGAGCCUUUUCAUACAUCUGCCGAGACGGGACGACGCGCCGCUGGAUCUGCCAUUGCUUCAUGGCCGUCAAAGAUUCGGGAGAGCGGCUCAGUCACGCCGUGGGCUGCGCCUUCGCCGCCUGCCUGGAGCGGAAGCAGAAGCGGGAGAAGGAGUGCGGCGUCACCGCUACGUUUGACGCCAACCGGACCACCUUCACCCGCGAGGGCUCCUUCCGGGUCACCACGGCCACAGAGGCGGCCGAACGGGAGGAAGUCAUGAGGCAGCUGCAGGACUCUAAAAAAGCCGAGAGCGACGCAAAGGUGGCGGGGAACUCGUCCGGCGGCGGCGUGAUCAACGUCUCCGCCGUUCAGUCAGGGAGCCCGCCGUCGCCCUCGUCCUCGCCGCCCCUCUCGCUCAACACCCUGGGUAUACCCCGCCGGCACGCCCCCGCAGAGGCGCUGGCCAGGCAGGGCUCUUUCCGCGGCUUCCCGGCGCUCAGCCAGAAGACGUCGCCCUUCAAGCGCCAGCUGUCGCUGCGCAUAAACGAGCUUCCCUCCACCGUGCAGCGCAAGUCGGACUUCCCCAUCAGGAAUGCAGUGCCUGAGGUGGAAGGAGAGAACGAUAGCAUAAGCUCGCUGUGCACUCAGAUCACUACGGCGUUCAGCGGACCCCCGGAGGACCCCUUUUCCUCAGCGCCCAUGCCCAAAGCGCUCGCCUCGCCGCAGUCACCCGUCGUGCCAGUCAACGGCUCCGCCGUCCCUGCUCCCGCUUCCUUUUCCACCCCCCAUCCUCAUCCUCUCGUUCCUCCCCCGCUUCCUACUGCUGCUAGUAUUAAUCCUCCAGCUCCGAGUUCAGCAGCGUUGGCCCCUGCUCUGCCCGCUCGAGACACUAACCCCUGGGCCAAGACCUCUGCUGGGGUCCCAACCCCUGCAAUGGCGGGAAGUGAUUGGCCCUCAUCCACUCCUGUCAUCAUCGUCCCGCCCACGUCUUCUCCAGUCUUACCCUCGCACAAACGCACCCCGUCUGAAGCGGAAAAAUGGCUGGAGGAGGUUUCCAAGUCUGUGCGGGCUCCUCGACCUGACCCCAUCCUCGCAGGGGCCCCAAUGCCCGCCCCAGCAUUCACUGCUCCCUUGGCCCCCUUACCCCCGGUGGCGCCCUUACCCCCGGUUGCAUACGUGCCCCUGCUGCCCCCGCGCCAGACUGCUUUCCAUCCCAUGUCCAACGGGCUGUCCUUCCCACAACCCAGCGUGCCCGUGGUGGGCAUCACCCCCUCACAGAUGGUGGCCAACGUCUUCGGCUCAGCUGCGCAACCCCAGACCUUUCCCGCCCCGGCGCCUGUAGCGCCCCCAGGUCUUGUCACCCCGGGCCCUUUCAUCAAGCCUCCGCCGUCGCCCGCCGCCGUCAGCGUGCACCCUCCCAACGGCGGCGGCAACUUCAACGGGGCGAACAAUUGGGCUGUUCCGCCCCACCCGCCCGUCACCUCCUUGCCCACUUCAGCCGCCCCGCAGCAGCCACAGGAAGAUGCCUUUGAGGCUCAGUGGGUGGCGCUGGAAGGGCGCUCGCACCAGCGCACGACGCCGUCUCCCACCAACCCCUUCUCCACUGAGCUGCACAAGACUUUUGAGAUCCAGCUCUGAUGACUGUGCCUGCCUGAGGAAGCGAGGGGAAAGCGAUGUUCUCCGUGUUGGGGGUGGUGAGGGGUAGUGGUGGUCACGAGACGAUGCGGGGUGGCAGGGGCAGGUGGUGUCAUCAGUGAAACCCCCCCUCCCCUCCCCAAAAAACAUGCUGCUGUUCCUCACGAUUCUCAUCAGCAUUGUCUGUGCUCGUUUGAUCAUCCUGUGGAACUACAACCACCACCGCCACCACCUCCCGUAAGCCGCUUCUUACCCACUCAAUUCUCAACCCUCAACCAACCUCACCCGACUGGAAGAGUAAAGCAAGACAAUGCCAAAAUGUUUAUUUUUAUGCAUUAAGUAUAUUUUAAAUAGCUACAGAUUACAACCGUCAUCUUGCCAAAGGCACAGAAUAGCGACGAAUUAGCGCGUGUGUGUGUGCGUGUGUGUGUGUGAGCGUGUGUGUCUAUACGUGUGCUUUGUAUUUAUAUGGGCCGUGUAUCUCUCCAAUAAAGGAUGAUUUGAUUUGAUGUGUAUCCCAUUACAUGGGGUGCGAUACAAUUCAUAGUUUAUUUUAAAGAAACGAUUUGAUUUGGUUCGUUUCACUGGGAUUGCGAAUCGAUUCAAUAUGGUACUGCUGAGUUCCGUAGGGUAUGAUGCAAUGAGUUUCUUGUCAUUUUACAAUAUGAAUGAAUUUUUCCCUAUGUCAUCGUAACUGUGGCAUUUCCUUCAAAGAUAUAUGUCUCCAAUAAAUGGUGAUUCGACACA